UCCAGUAGUAUCAACGUCGUGUCCAAACCUCAACGUUACUCGAAGAAAAAGGAGGUUCCAUUUCUUUCUCACCACAUGCAAUUCAGAAAUUAUAUUUAUUGGACCGUUUAAUCUCUGAUUCACAUUAAUUUGUGAAGCAACACACUUUGGAUUUUUUCACUCUCUGAAUGUAGUUAUAGAGAUAGAAAAAGAAAGAGAAGAGGCAUAGUUUUAUUUUAUUUUUUGUUGUUGUUGUUGUUGUUGAGUGAGGGCUUUGUUUUUCGUUAUGGGUGAACCAUCGGCAUGUCUCGUUCGAUCCUUCUCCAGUCCCGCCGACACUCGUUACGAGGGUAACCCUAUCCCUGCGCUUGGAGAAUCUAUCUCUUUUGGGAGGUUUAUGACAGAAAACUUGGAUUGGGAGAAAUGGUCAACAUUCACUCAAAAUCGCUAUGUUGAAGAAGCUGAGAGAUAUUCCAAGCCGGGUUCUGUGGCCGCGAAGAAAGCCUACUUUGAGGCUCAUUACAAGAGAAAGGCUGCGGAGAGAGCAGCUGCAUUGAUCCAAGAAGCAAAUGCAAAUCUUCAGGCUAAUGGAACUUUUGAGUUGGAAGCUCAGCAAAGAAACCAUGCCGAUUCAUCAUCUGAAACGAGUUCAAGUGUGCAACACGUUGUUGCCGCCAAUGAACAGCCGGAUGAAGAAACUGUGAAUUGCCAAGUUGUUGAAUGUGCCGAUGGAGACCAACGAAAAUGUGAUGCCGGACAAAGUGAUUUAGACAUUUCCAAUGUAGAAGGAGUAGUAGUGGACGUGGCACAUCCUCUCGUUAAUGCAAAUAUUAAUUUGGGAAGUUUCACAACCAUGGAUAAUUCUAACCAGUUUGAUCAUGUUGAAGACAAUACAAAUACUGGCCCUGUGGAAGAGAAGAUGCUUGAACAUGGUGCUGCUGGUCCCGAAGGAAAAAGAGAAGCAAAUUCUUCUCCAGAAUUAUCUACCAAAACCGUGUCUUCCAAAUGUUUUCCUCUUGAUGAAAGGAAGGUUGCUGCUGCUUCUGUAUCAUCCAGAAGUGGAAUAAACAGUGGUCCGAAAGGCAAGAAGUCUGUUGGAGACUUUGUUGAGAAGAAUAAACUCAUUGCGCACUCAGUCCACUCGUCAAUCAAUCUUUCAUCUGGUACUGGUGAAACACGCAAAAGAGCUGCUGCAGCUAUACAGUCCAGAAAUGGUCUAAGCACUUUUUCAACAAAUAAGAAGUCUGUUGGAGGCAUGGUUGAGAAGAAACGAAUAGGUUCACCAUUACUUAAAAUGUCAAUCAAUCUCCCAUCGGGUGCUGUUAUGCCAAACAACACAGCUACUGCAGCUACUAAACCCAGAAAUGGAACAAACUUUAUUGCGAAAGUUAUAAAAUCUGUCGGAAACUCAGUGGGAAAGAGACCAACCUCGAGGUCACUCCAUAUGUCAAUCAAUCUGCCUUCUGGUGCAGCUGAAACAAGUAAAACAGCUUCAGUGUUUGACCAGAACAUAAUUAAAAAAGUUCAUUCUAAUUUGCCCAAAAACAAUCCAUUGGCAAUGCGGGCAUCCACUGAGGCAUCUCGUGGUUUGCAAGAUCAAGGUUCUGCCAAUCUCCUUUCUCAGAGUGGAAGGACCGAAAGACUACUUAACAAGUCUGUAUCUGGAGGUGUUACAGUGAAUGCAAAACCUUCCUCCUCCAUUUCUUUUGGCUUCCUGAAAUCUUCAAGCACCAACAAAAGCAAUCUCCAAUCAGCUACCGUAUAUUUGCCUUUUAAAUUCAGAAGUGAAGAAAGAGCAGUUAAACGCAGAGAGUUCUUGCAGAGGAUGGAUGAAACUAAAUCCAAGGAAGAAGAGAAAGUGAAGUUGCAAAGGACUCUCAAGGGUAAAACAGUGCUUGAUCACAAGAAGCUGGGGCAGAGCAGUGCUUCUCUUUCCAAACAAAAUGAGGACAAGAUUGGUGGAUCGCGUUCCCCAAGUAACCGGAUUAGAAAGACCUCACCUACACUGCCCCGGUCACCAAAACUUGUGAGGAAAGCAAGUUCUAGUUCUAGCACAGUCCAGGACAAAAGCUUAGGAAAUGCAUCGAAGCCCCCUAUCAGCACAAACAAUUCCAAACCUACUACUGAAAAAAUUAACCGAACUACAAGACCAGUAAAUUCAUUAUCUAGUACCACAAGAGAAAAUGCUUCACCAAACAUUCAGCAUUAGCAAGAAAAGAAGUACCUGGCCGAGCCUGUGACUUCAAGAAAAAACUGUGAAAGAAACUGAAACAAGCCGCUUAUAUUCUUUCAGCCUCAUGUUCAUAUCGUUAAACAGUGAUUGUAGUUUACUUGUAAUAGGAUAAUUAGGAGAGAUCAUGUCCCGAUGUGUUUUCACAUUUCGAUGGAAAAUUUUGUAGUUUUUUUUUUUUCUGUUGUAGUUAUAUCUAGUCUACAUUAAAUUUUGAUAUUGGAGAUAACCAAGUUUGUGAAAUAGGUUUAGGCUAUACAUCAAGGUAAAUUGUAGGACAUGUAUUACCUUUAGUUUCACAUAACUGUGAUUCGUCACUUUGUUACAAACCAUUCAAAUAUUAAUUUUGAGGACAUGGAAAUAUUUUUUCUGUGAA